CAGUGUAUUUCCGCCUGAGUUAAUUUACGUUUUAUAAUACGAUAUUCGGAAGGAAGAGGUAAAGUUUUAGUUUUGUAUUCUGCAGUUUUAUAUUUUAUAUUCAUUUUUUUAUUUCUCGUUUAUCCAUUGGUCGAUUUCCCCUUGCGAAACUUGGGUGUUUUAACUGUACGGAAGAUGACUAUCUGUCCACUCCGACAACACAUUUCAUUAAGUGUGGAAUGUGUAUAUGUGUCGCCUGAUGUGUCGUUGGUGGCGCGGUAAUGUUAGUGUAUUGUAUUUUGUUUUUCCCCUCUGACAGGAAACUGUAUAAUGUAGCAUCCAAUACAUACGAAAACUGCGUUUGUUAAGUUGCUUUUUGACUUAAUUCUAUUAAAUAUUAGAAAGUAAUUUAGAAAAGUGUUUGUGUAACAUGAUUCUUAGGAAUUUGAGAUAUGUGAUAAGCAAUGUAAUUAAUCAUUAUUUAUUUCCCUCCAAACUAUGUCUUCUGUUAGUUUAAAGUGUAUAUUUUAGUGUUUGUGUGUACCAGUGAAACUAAAACUUUUAUUUAUUUAUUUCUUAAUAUCAUCAUGCCAUGUUCAAUUAAGGAUGUUAUCUUAAGGGUAUCUGAAUAUUUGAUGGGAGAUUUAGAUUCAACAUCUAAUCAAGUCAUUAAAACUCGGUCAUGUGAUAAUCUUCUUAGGGAUGUUAAUGAAUCUGAAUCUUUUGCAAGAGAUAUAGCUGACCUUCCUCCCAACGAAAUUGAUGGCUGUCUCAUGCAGCAUGACCAUGGUGUUAAUCUAGCUUUACAAAGGGCAAAAGUUUGGUCUAAAUAUGCAAAGGAUGUAAUGACAUAUAUUGAGAAAAGGUGUCACCUUGAAAUUGAGCAUGCAAGAAGUAUAUCUAAACUUGCACAGAUGACACGACCAAUUUUAAAAGAAGAAAAUUUUCUUCCACUCCAGUCUAUAUAUUGUGCAGCUCUAGAUCAAGAUAUUGAAAACUCAGGCAAUUCAGUAGCUACAUGCUCUGUUAUACAAGGGCCAAAAUUUAUAGAUCAACUUUCAAAUCGACGUUCAGAACAUGAAAAAUCAAGAAAACAGAUUAAAGAAAUGUGGCAAAGGGAAAUUAAAAAAAUGCAUGAAGCUAUUAGUAAUAUGAAAAAAGCUAAAGCAUCAUACUUUCAAAAACAACAAGAAUAUGAAAAAGCUAAAGAAUCAGUAUUGAAAGCUGAAAACACAGAAGGUGCUGAAACCAGUAAAGUAGAUAAGAAACGUCGUAUUGAAGAUGAUGCUCUUCAUAAAGCUAUUGAAGCUGAAACAACUUAUAAAGCAUGCAUUGCAGAAGCUAAUGAACAAACAGUGAACUUGGAAAAAGUGAAGGCCAAAGUUUUAAAAGAAGUGAGAGAGCUCAUUUAUCAGUGUGAUCAAACAAUGAAAGCAGUGACAGCAGGUUAUUUUCAGCUUCAGUAUACGACAUCAACUCCUGCACCUGUCCAGUUUCAGAUGUUAUGUGAAAGUGCUAAGUCAUAUGAAGUAGGCUCACAGUAUAUGGAAUUUGUAAAACAAAAAGUAUUACCUUAUCGAACCAUGCAUAAACUUAUUCCAUUCACUUUUGAACCUUAUUGUGGAGAAAGCAGAGAUAGGGAAUGUAAAUUAAAUGAGCCUACAGAAGAAGAAGGCUCAUUUAACUUUUUAAAACAUCAAGUAUUAGAAGCUAGACUUUCUGCAGAAAAUAGAGAAAAAAAAGUUCCUUCAAAAACUUGGAAUACAUCUGUAAGAGCUAUUGGAAGUGAUUCAGAUAGUAUUAGUAGUUGUCCAAGUAAUAAAUCACAAGAUACUAGCCCUACUGCUAGUCCACAUGCCUCAGGAAGAAAAAUAUUAACAGUAUCAUCAGGAGAUGAGUUAGAAACUGAUCAUGAUAAUGCAGAUGGCCUUUACAAUUAUAAUCGACAACCCACAAUGUCAAAAGCUGCCGAGACUCAUAGUUUUAGAAAACUGAAGACUUUAUCUCGAUGUCGAGAGUGUGAUUGUUAUGUGUGUUUUCAAGGUUUUGAAUGUUCUGAAUGUGGUUUACCUUGUCAUAAAAAAUGUCUAGAAGUCUUAGCAUUGCAGUGUGGUCAUAAACGUCUUCCUAACAAAAUGACAACAUUUGGUGUUGAGUUAACAACACAUGCAGAAAAAUUGGGAGGGAGAAUACCUCACAUUAUUACAAAGUGUGUAAAUGAAAUAGAAAAUAGAGGAUUAUUAAUUAAGGGCAUUUAUCGUGUGUCUGGUGUUAAAUCACGGGUUGAAAAAUUGUGCCAAAGUUUUGAAAGUGGUGCAGAUUUAGUAGAUUUGACAGAUGCACAUCCAAAUGUCAUUGCAAAUGUAUUAAAGCUAUAUUUAAGACAGCUUCCAGAACCACUACUUACCUUUAGAUAUUAUCCUGACUUCAUCAAUAUUGCAAAAUAUUAUCCUAGUUUGAAAGAAGAAUAUACACAAAUAGAUGAAGCUCUAAAAGAACUUAAAAUAUUAGUCCGACAGUUACCCAUUAUUCAUUAUACAACACUUGCUUAUCUAAUGCAUCAUUUGAAAAGAGUUUCUGAUUAUUCUGAGCAUAAUAACAUGCCUCCUAGUAAUUUAGGAAUUGUUUUUGGUCCCACAUUAUUACGAACAAGUGAAGGCACAGCAUCUUUAAGCUCCUUAGUAGAUACUGUACAUCAAACACGUAUUAUUGAACUUUUAAUUAAUUAUGCUCUUGAAAUAUUUGAUGAUCACAAAGAUCCAAAUCAGUUUAUAGAGUUAAAUGUGUCAGAAAAAAGAAAAGUCAGUAGAACACUAUCUGGAACAAAUCAAACUGGUGAUGUUGAUAUGUUUGAUGAUAACCAUAAUAGUGUGUUGUAUGAAAGUGCUCAGUGCAAGAAAACAGAAAAACAAAUUUUUAUGCAAGAUACAAGUGAUUUUACACCAUCAUCAGAUGAUUUAUUAGGUUCUAGUGUAGUUUCUGAUGAUGAUUUUCCUGAUAUGCUGCCAGAUGAUAAUCUAAUAAGAAAGUCACCAUUGCUUCCUUACAAUAAAGGAGUGUUAAGACAGUCGGAUAAUUUAUAUACACUGCAAAGAAAAGAAAUAUUAAAUACAUUAGAUUCCAGAACACAGUCUUCUUCACCUGCAGUAUCAGAAACAAGUCAUUCCAGCAUACAUAGUGUGCCUCUAAAGUCAUUUGAGGAAGAUUCUAUUGCACCAUCUGAUGUUGGAAGUUUUGAUGAACCACCUGUGCCACCUCCAAGGAGAAAUGUUGCUUUAAGUUCUGAUAAAAAAUAUACUACUGAACAUUCAACAUCAUCUGCAGAAGAUAGUGGAGUAAAUAGUCAAGAAGAAACUAGUCAGGCAUCUUGUGCAUUUUCAUCUGUAACUUCCGUCAAUAUGAGCAGUUCUGGAAAUAGACUCUCGACAUCUGCUAUAACUGCAGAAUUAAGACGACAGUUUUUUGAAGCCCCACCUCAAUCUAUGAUUGAUUUAAGCUUUGUUCAUCCUUGUUCAGGUCUUAGUAGUGAUUCAAAACAUUUUAGUGAAUAUAUUGAUGUUUCAAAACCAACUUAUCAAUCCACUCAUAGUACUCCCAAGUCUAUAAUAGAAGGAUAUUCUGAAAGAGAAACUACUUCAAAAGAAAGAGUUCAAGAAGAUUUAAGUUCAAGUGGUAGUAAUUUAUAUUCCAGUCCAUUAUCUGAGAGCAUUAGUUCUCUCGGACAACGUUACAUGCCAUCACUUAGUUCAUCUUACAGUAGUAGAACUAUUUUCAGCUCGACAGGAGCAACAUCUGGCAUAAAUUUACCUACUAAAAAGAUUAACAACUCAAGUCAUUCUUUGGUGCAUAAUAAAGACUUGCAAACAAAACAAGGUAGUAAUGGAGAUAGUGAAUAUUCUAGUCAACAAACUGUUUCUUCUUCUAAAAGCUCAGAAUCUUCACAACAAUACAUCACAACAAAAAUGUUAAUGGAAUCCGGUUCCUUAUUAGAAACAACGCAGCAUUCUGAGAAAGCCGAGAAACUGACGCAGAGCGAACUGUCCAUUUUAACUUCGUCUGCCACCUCAGGCGAUCCGCAGGAAAUCGGGACUUCCAAGAUGACGGACAAAUUCUCUCCCAGCAGACAACCUCGUUUUGUGUGAGCAUUCAUUAUUGUGUCUUGUAUAUAAGUGGAUAAUUGUGUAAAGCACAUUGUACAUAAUCAAACUACAGACAGAAAUGAAAUUAUUUAAGUGAAAAGAAUAUACUCAUCUAAUCAUAUAUAUUCUGUUAUAGUUCAGCUUGCAAUUUUUUCAUUUUAAUAAUAAUUUUAAAGAAAAUUGCAUUGCUUAGAACUUUUUACAAUUCAGAUUUGCUUUGUUGAUAGUAUGACUGUUUCAUACAGAUACAGGCAUAUUGUAAUAACAUAAUUUGUGCCUUAUUUUUCUGUAAAUGUUCCUCUCUAAUAUACUAGUCAACUUAGCUUCUACUCCUAUCAUUUCAAAACAGUAUUAUCAAAACAAAUUGCGUUUCAUUUAUAUACUGUAUAUUACAUUGGCUGAUAGUGCAAAGACAGGUUAUAUCUGUCAAAAAAAUAAUCAUUUAGUUAAAUUUGUGAUAAUGUUAAAAAUUUUUACAGUCCAAGAGAUAUGUACAAAUGUUCAGAAUUAAAAAAGGAUAUCUGUAUAAAUAUGCACUGCUUGUAUUUUAGAAAUAUAUUUUUAAUGUAUGAAAACAGAACAGCAAAGAAACAAAUUGAAAAUGUCACUGAUAAUCUGAUGCAAAAUUUAUGAGUCAAAGUUAAAAAAUUUUAUUUUUAACUAUAAAUUAUCCAAAGAAUUAAAUUUUCAAAUUUUA